UCCUCCCUUGAGAAAUGCAGAGAAUUGUGAAUCAUAAUUCUCAAAAAAUAAAUAAACAAGGAUGAUUCUUGAUUGUCGGGGCGUAAGAAAAUCGAAUUUAAUGGACUUAAAAUGGGCUGGUGGGCUAAAGUAUGUACGCUAGUUUAUAAUUAUCCAAUACAAAAUUAAUCUGUGGGCAUUCCAGUGAAGUGAAGUAGCAGCAAAGAAAAAAUGGAAAAAGAAGAAGAGAAAGAGAAAGGGAAAGGGAAAGAGAAGGAGAAGGAGAAGUUGUGCAAGAGGUGCAAGCAGAAUUUCACUUCCAUCUCUAAUUCUCCGUCUUCUUGCCGUUUCCAUCCUUCGUUUUUCGUUUGUCGCCGUCACGAUGACCAGAAAAGGUACUAUGAAUUGGGACCUGAUGAUCCACCAUAUGCUGCCAAAUUUUAUGACUGUUGCGGGGCCGAGCAACCUGAGGCGCCUGGUUGCACCACCAGUUUUCAUGUUUCUUAUGAUGAUUGAUGUAAUGUUUCUCCUUAUCACCUAGAUUUUGACUGGAUUAAACUUGUAUAUAUUUGUGUACCUUCUCUAUACUAAUUAUUACUCUUGGUCUACGCUUCUUAACUGUGCGUCUCCAUAAAAGCAUCAUGCAAUAAUUGCUGUUGUUAGAAUUGUCAAUAUAUAAUAUUUUUUAUACUUUUAGUUGGAA